UUUGGCAUCAGCACGCGAGCGACAGUAUACUUGAAAAUAACAUGAUGGCGCAUUCAAUUUUGGCGCGAAUUGAUGCAGCAAUGAUCUGACGCCUCAUAUGUAACAUGGGUUUCCAAGUUAAUUAUCCAGUUUGAAUACAAGUCAGCCUAAUUUCAAAAACCAAAAAAAACUAAAAAUCAGAAUUGCACAAAAUGAAUUCGGAGGACAGGCAAAGCAAGCUCGAGGAGUCUCCCACAAAGCAGCGAACACCACGACAAUUACCAUGUCAGAAAAAAGUUGGUAUUUACUUUGCUCAGUCAAAAAACGCAAUGGAUACUUCAUCAAUUAUAACUGGUUCAUCGGAAAGUGAUGAAGAGGAUUUAGAAGAUGAUUUACCUGAAAAAGGCAAGAAACGUACUGCAGAUCCUCUAGCAAAAAAAUUAACAAAAAUCAGAAAAACUUUUGAUAAUAAUAUCACAAUUGCAAACGAAGAGAGUGAAGAAAUUGAUACAGAAACAAGUGGUUACUCUUCAGAAAAGCCAUCCCCUAAAAAGAUACUUCAAAUUAGCUCAUCAUCCAAUGUAGAGCUAACUACUAAAACAAAAUCUACAUCAAGUAAUGAUAUUAUUGUAGACAAUAAAGAAAACGUUUCUGAAACACAAGGAACUCUUGAUGGACUAGAUGACCUCUUUGAAGAAGAAUGGACAUAUACUAAGAAAGAGAAAGAAUCAGUUGAAAUGCUUGAUGACUUUUUUGAAGACGACUGGAGUUAUGAAAAGGAGAAUACUAUUGAUUUCAGUAAAGCUAAAAGGUGCAUAAUUAUUGAUAUCGUUUGGGAAAGAACUGAGAUAACUUUAACGGUCAAAGAUGUUCAUGAAGUGGCUGCAACUGUCAAAUGUUCUGGAACCUGGCGUUAUACAAAGAUACAACCUGGAGAGGCUAUAAUCAUAAAGGCCAUUAAAGAAACACCAGAAGCAAAGCACUGGACUGUUAACAAUAAUUCAGGUUUUAUUAUAAGCCAACCAGAUACACUUGUUUCUGGUACUUCAGUGGUUGGUGCACUGUUUUGUAAUAGGCGUAGUACUUUACAAGAAAAGUUCAGGUUGAUUGAGUCCCUACCUCAUAAUAAUGUUGGAAAUAACUACAUGCUUACAGGAAGUCUAACUCACGAACUUUUUCAAACGGUUUUAGAUGAAAAGAUUACUGAUGCUAAAAAAAUCUCUGCAUUGCUCGAUGACAUUUUAAAAUCAAGAAAUGCCAUUCAAAUGAUGUACAGUGCAGGAAUUUCAAGACAAGAUUGUAGAAAUUUGAUGCUACCUGCUGUAGGUCAAAUUCAUAAGUUUAUACAACGUUACAUUGUAGGUAUUGAGCCAGAAACUCCAGAUCAGAAUUACAAUGGUAAAAUAGAGAAAAUCUGUGAUAUUGAAGAAAAUGUCUGGCUACCAAGCCUUGGCUUAAAAGGAAAAAUUGAUUUAACUAUCGAAAUCAGUCAGAAUAAAUCAAAAAAUAAAAUGUUUCCUAAUGUAGAACGCAAGGUAGUUCCCCUUGAAUUGAAAACUGGUAGGUCAUCGUUUUCAAGCGAACAUCAAGGACAAUUAAUUCUAUACACAAUGAUGAUGAAUGAAACUGGUCGCAAGGCAGAUUCUGGAUUACUGUUAUACUUAAGAGAAAAUAUUAUGAGAGAAAUUAUAGGCAGUAAUAAUGCUCAACGAGAUCUAAUAACUUUAAGAAAUACUGUAGCUUAUUAUUCGACACGUCAACCUACUAUAGUGAAAACUAAAGAGGAAGAGUCUGUUUUACCAAUGGAAUUUCCAAAGCCUAUUAAUCACAGAGCAUGUGCUCAAUGUCCGUAUAAUACUUUGUGUACCACAUAUCUCACUGAAGAAGAAAAAAAAGAACUAAGUGUCAGUCAUCCACUUAAAGCAAUUGACGAAAAAGUUGCAGAUUAUUUAACUCAGGAACAUAUAGACUAUGUAACGAAGUGGGUUUCACUUUUGCAAAUUGAAGAAGAUGCAGAAAAUCAAGACCUUGUUUCGUGGAAAGAUGUUUGGACUUUAGAGCCUUUAAAACGAGAAAAAAGAGGAUCAUGUAUCAGUAAUUUAAAUUUAGUUUCUGUCUCUGAAAUAAAUGGUAGAUAUUUACAUAAAUUUCAACGGCUUGAUAUAAAUGCUACUGAUUUCUGUGAAAAUGAAUAUGUAAUUAUAAGCACAAUGACUCGAAUAAAUGUAUGUUCUGGCUUUAUUGACAGUGUCAGUUCUGAGACUGUUACAGUACAUUGUGAUAAAAAUAUAACUAAGGUUUAUAAAGAUACAGUAUAUCAUAUUGAUAAGUCUUCAUUUAAUUCUUUCUUAGUACAAAAUAUGUCACAUGUUGGAGGUCUCUUAGAUGAUCAUGAAACAUGUUCACAACUGCGUAAAAUUAUUAUUGAGAGGAAACCUGCAACUUUUCAGACCAAACUACCACCUUCUAUUAUGGAAGUUGGUGAAGAUAUUUUCAAAAAAAUCAAUGAACAUCAAAAGCAAGCAAUAUUGCAGGCGCUCAGAGCAGAUAAUUAUUUAUUGAUCAAAGGAUUUCCUGGUACGGGAAAAACUCAAACUUUAGUAGCAUUGAUUGAGUUAUUGUUAAAGUUGGAUAAAUCUGUGCUAAUCACUGCACACACAAACACUGCUGUAGAUAAUAUUUUACUAAAACUAAUAGAGCGAAAAAUUGAUUUUAUACGUUUUGGAAACAGUACAAAAACACAUCCUAAUAUUGCUCCCAUGCUGGAAGCCAACGUGACGGAGCACUGCGAUUCCCCAGAAUCGUUGCAUACUGUUUAUUGCAGCAAAAAAGUUGUUGGUGUAACGUGUUAUGGCGCAACACAUGCACAUCUCUCGAGGCGUAAAUUUGAUAUUUGUAUCGUUGAUGAAAGUACACAAGUUUUGCAGCCCACACUUUUGCGGCCCCUUUAUAGUGCUUCUAAGUUUAUACUUGUGGGAGAUCCCGAGCAACUACCUCCUAUUGCCAAAAAUAAUACAGCAAGAAAACUUGGAAUGAACGAAUCUUUGUUUUCGCGAUUAGAUUCUAAAAACAACGCAGUAGUUUUAAAACUACAGUAUAGAAUGAAUAGCUGCAUUAUGGAUAUAGCUAAUAAAUUGACAUAUCAUGACCAAUUACAAAUAGGAUGCGAAAAAGUUGGAAAAGCAACUAUGCCAGUCACAAAUAUAGCUGAAUUCGAAUCAUGUGAGAAAUGGAUCCGAAAAACGCUUUCACUCAGGCUAAAAAAUUCAGCAAUAUUUUUAAAUACAUCUGCUACUUAUCACCUCACUCUGGAUGAAACACUUGAGGAACGAAAGGGAUCGUCCAAUUAUUGGGAAGCAGCCAUGAUUUUAAGAUUGAUUGAAGUUCUUAAAAAGCUUGGUAUUGAAACUCAAACUAUUGGAGUGAUUGCACCAUACAGAGUACAAGUGCAUUUAUUGCGCAAAGUAGUUCCAAAUGACAUUGAAGUUAAUACUGUUGAUCAAUAUCAAGGUCGUGAUAAGAGUGUCAUUAUUUAUAGCUGCUCAAAAAGUAUAUCAAAAGACACUAAAAUACAGGAAUUUGAUAUCCUAGAAGAUCAACAACGUCUAACUGUGGCUGUGACUCGUGCUAAGCACAAAUUAAUAAUUAUAGGCGAUGUAAAUACUUUACAGCGAUUUACUCCGUUUAAUAAAUUAAUAACAGCGUUUCGAAGCCACGAACGAAUUUACGAUUUAAAAGAUGGCGAAGAUGACUUUUCUUUUACUGAUCUUUUAAGAUUAUUGCUUUAAAUCACUAUACAGUUUAGUUAGAUCUUUACUACUUGUACACAUUAUACAUGAACCAAAUAUUUAUUUAUUGACAGAAUUUUUCUAAAAGUGCUUCUAUCAAAUAUCUUUUUAUUUUGAUUCAAUGUUUGUUUUUGCUAAAUAAAAAUAUUUUCAACACAAAA